ACGCCCCCGAGGACCAAUCGGGAGCGCAGUAAGCGCGACAGACAGAAUGCUCGGCCAAUGGGAAGUCAGCAGCGGGUUACCGCCCAAAAAAUGGAUCCUACCAGACCUCCAUUCAGGGGUUCCCCCUUUCAUACACCAUUGGGAGUGCGUCCUCCAGUUCUAGAAACUAAAGAAGAAGGGCCACAUGGAAGAGCAGUCCUAUUACCACGGGGCCGUGCAUUAUUGGGUGCAUCAGCACCUUCUUCUGAUACUACCCAAAGAGAUCCAUCUGACUCUAGGAAUGUUCUCCCUGCUCUAUUUCGUGGUAUGGGAAUUGAAACAAAGCCCAGUGGGAUUCCUGGCCGUGGUGGGCCAGUCUUUGGCAGGGGGUUUCUUUCUACUAUGUCUUCAGGAGAUGGCCCUGAUCAGCCACUUUCAGAACCCUCUAUAAGACCCUCCCUCUCAACCCGUGUUCAGCAAGCAAGUGAUUUUAGCACAGAGAGGGUUGCACUUGGGAGAGCCAGGUUUCCAAUACCUCCGGUGAGUAUGGAAAAGCCACAUGUACCCACUGGAAGGGGUUUGUUAUUUCCCUCUGUUCUACCCACUUUGACAUCUGACCCAGUACCUAAAGAAAGCCCUAUCGCUACACUUCAAAUUGAGAAGGAAGAGAAAUGGGAGCCUUUACCAAAGAAAGGCAGCAAAGGUAGCCCCUGUCAGCUUGGACUGAACCUCAUUAAAAUUAACUUCCAGAAUGAAGCCGUAUAUCAGUACCAUGUCACAUUUACUCCCAUAGUGGAGUGCCGUAGUAUGCGUUUUGGUAUGAUGAAGGACCACCGCUCUGUGACAGGACCAGUAACUGCAUUCGACGGUUCUAUACUUUACCUUCCUGUCAAACUUGCACAGACAGUUGAGCUGGAGAGUGAACGCCGGACAGAUGGACAAAAAAUAAAGAUAACCAUACAGAUGACAAAGAUUCUGGAUCCCAGUUCAGACUUGUGCCUUCCUUUUUAUAAUGUAGUCAUGAGGAGGGUGUUCAAAAUUCUGGACCUGAAACUUGUUGGGAGAAAUUUUUAUGACCCAGCAAGUUCAACAGUGCUGCAGCAGUACAGACUGCAGGUGUGGCCAGGCUAUGCUGCAAAUAUACGCAAAACUGACGGUGGGCUAUUUCUUUUGGUUGACAUCACCCACAAGAUUAUCCGCAGUGAUUCUGUGCUGGACAUCAUGAACAUUCUAUAUCAGCAGAGCCCUGAGAACUUUCAGGAUGAGGUUACCAAGCAGCUGGUUGGCAGCAUUGUGAUCACCAGAUACAACAACCGUACCUACCGAAUAGAUGACAUUGAAUGGAACAUGAGCCCCAAGGACUCCUUCUCUAUGUCAGAUGGAAGCAAAGUCAGUUUCAUUGAUUAUUACAGCAAGAACUAUGGCAUAACUGUUAAGGAGCUGGACCAACCCUUGCUGCUUCACAGACCUAGUGAAAGGAAGGCACCAAAGGGCAAGGCACUUGAUAUUGUCCUCCUCUUACCAGAACUUGCUUUUAUGACUGGCAUCCCUGAAAAAAUGAGAAAAGACUUUCGGGCCAUGAAGGAUCUGACACAGCAGAUUCAUUUAAGCCCAAAACAGCAUCAUAUCUCUUUGGGGAAAUUGCUAAAACGUAUUGAAAGCAGUGCGGAUGCAAAGAAUGAACUGCAGCGUUGGGGCUUAUUCCUAGACACUGAUAUUCACAUGACCACUGGUAGGAUUUUACCAAUAGAGAAAAUAAAUCUGCGUAAUAACUCAUUUCCUGCAGGAGAAGAUCUCAAUUGGAACAGGGAAGUGACACGUGAGGCAUGCCGUUCCUCAGUGCAUCUUCUUUAUUGGGCAAUGAUAUAUCCUAAACGGGCUUCAGCACAGGCACAAGAAUUGUCUAGUAUGCUGGAGAGGAUUGGAGGACCUAUUGGAAUACGAGUAAACCAUCCUAACUGUGUGGAGCUCCGGGAUGACCGUGUCGAAACGUACGCGCGCAGCAUCAAAUCACUGUUAGAGGGUGAGGGCAAAGUUCAGCUACUAGUGUGUCUUAUAUCUGGGACCAGAGAUGACCUGUACGGUGCUAUUAAGAAAUUGUGUUGUGUACAGAACCCAGUUCCAUCACAGGUGAUUAAUACCAGAACCAUCUCCCAGCCCCAGAAGCUCAGGAGCAUUGCACAGAAAAUUCUGCUUCAGAUUAACUGCAAGCUGGGAGGGGAACUGUGGGGAGUAGACAUCCCUCUGAAAAGUGUGAUGGUGAUUGGGAUGGAUGUUUAUCACGACCCCAGCAGAGGCAUGCGCUCUGUAUUAGGCUUUGUUGCUAGCAUCAACAGCUGCCUGACUGCUUGGUAUUCUCGUGUGGUCUUUCAGCUUCCUAACCAGGAGAUCAUGGAUAGCCUAAAGCUUUGCCUUGUGGCAGCCCUGCAGAAAUUCUUUGAGGUGAAUCACAGUCUUCCAGAGAAGAUUGUGGUGUAUCGAGAUGGCGUAUCUGAUGGGCAACUUAACACGGUGGAAAACUAUGAGAUCCCACAGCUUCAAACUUGCUUCCAGACAUUUGAUAACUAUAAUCCACGUAUGGUGGUUAUUGUAGUACAGAAAAGGGUUAGCACUAAUCUGUACUCUACCGCCACUGGGCAGUUUCUUACCCCUCAACCUGGGACUGUUAUAGACCAUACAGUCACCAACCGCAAGUGGAUAGAUUUCUUCCUGAUGUCUCAUCAUGUGAGACAAGGCUGCGGGAUCCCCACCCACUACAUUUGUGUCAUGAAUACAGCAAAUUUGGGUCCUGACCAUUUACAGAGGUUGACCUUCAAGCUUUGCCACAUGUACUGGAACUGGCCUGGGACCAUCCGAGUGCCAGCUCCAUGUAAAUACGCACACAAGCUGGCCUUCCUUUCCGGUCAGUUUCUGCACCACGAGCCUUCCAUAAAGCUGUGUGACAAGCUUUUCUUCCUUUGAAACAGAGUCACAAAUGGAGCCCAAUACAAAAAAAAAGAAAAUCCUUUAGGAUAAAAUUGCUCUAUCCCUUUUUAUUGUUUCUGUUUAAGUAUCUUCCUUUUAGUUUUUAUCCCUCUUUCUUCCAUAUCAUGCCCAUUACUUCUUCUCCAACCAUUUAGCUUAGAUACCAUUUCAUUUUAGGACAAGCUGUUCAGUUUUAUUUGUUGUUAAGAGGACAAGAAAUGUAUCACAUGCCUUUAAUAUGUUCCAUCUGAAAAAGAACAAGAUUUUGACCCGGUUAAAA